CGCGGCUGCCGGACGCGUAGCUUUCCCGGUUCCGCUCAGCUCGCUCGCGCCCUCGCCCCUCCCCCGCUCCCGUGCUCGGUGCCCCCUCCCCUCCAUCCCGCCGGCCCCAUCCCCACUUCGGGGGCGCGCACGCUAUGCAGGCACGCACAGCAGUCUCCUCCGGCUGAGGCGGCAGCGGCGGAGGCGCCCGGGGCGAUGCUGCGCAGCCAGGCCCGGGGAGCGACGUGGAGCCACCCGGCAGCAGGUACAAAAAAAUGGCCAAAAGGAACGCAGAGAAGGAGCUGACAGACCGGAAUUGGGACCAGGAAGAUGAGGUGGAGGAGGUGGGCAUGUUCUCAGUUGCAAGUGAAGAAGUCUUGAAGAACAGAGCCAUCAAGAAGGCAAAGCGCAGGAAUGUGGCUUUCGAGUCUGAAAGUGGAGGGGCUUUUAAAGGGUUCAAAGGCUUGGUUGUACCUCCAGGAGGAGGAGGAGGACCAGUAGGACCAGGAGGAGGAGGAGGAGGAGGAGGAGGACUCGCUGGCUUUGGCAAUGGCACCAGCAUCAAAUCUCUGGAAGGCCUGUCCAAUGGCAGUGGCCUGUCUUGUGCACCUACCCUAGCCACUGCUAAGGCCCCAUCAGAACCGAAGGUGACCUUUGGCCGCAUCACAGCAAAUGGCCCCGUGGCUCCCUUAGCUGGGGACAAGAAGACUGCCAACCCCAAGAGUAAUGGGGACAGCCAACAGCCCUCGUCCUCUGGCCACAGUGUGCAGGCCAAGGGUGGCUGCAGCGCCAGUGCCUACCACAAACAGCUCGCUGCCUUAAACUGCUCCGUGCGGGACUGGAUCGUGAAGCACGUGGACACCAACCCACUCUGUGACCUGACACCCAUCUUUAAAGACUAUGAGCGUUACCUGACGAGUAUUGAGCAGCUGCCUGGCAGCAGCAGCACUAGCGAAGGCACCGUGGAGAAAGAGACCAGCAGGCAGUCUGCGGGCACCCAAGCUGGGCCGCCACCCCAAGAUACCCCCUUUUUGUUUCAUCCAGACAAAGCUGAGGGAGCAGUUGAAAAAAGGGCUGAUGUGCCAUCAGAGAAGAGACCGACUCCAGCCUUGGGAGUAGCGUCCACUGCCUCCUUCCACUUUGGCCGCAAAGUCGAUAGCUCUGUUCUGGGUUCCUUGGGCACUGCCCCAAUGGCGAAUUUCUCUUUCUCUUCUGGAAACGUGGGUGUGUUUGGCACAGACACAACCCAGGCAAAACCUGUCUCUUCCUUCUCCCCCAAAGUGCUGGAGAGCCACCCAGAUGGGUCUGCUGGAGAGUACAAAGGUGGAGAAGAAGAAGAGAGUGAGGAACCACCCAAAGCAGUUGUGACUGAAGUCAAAGAAGAGGAUGCCUUUUACUCAAAGAAGUGCAAACUCUUUUACAAAAAGGAUAAUGAGUUUAAAGAGAAGGGUGUGGGCACGCUGCACUUGAAGCCGGCUGGCAAUCAGAAGACCCAGCUUUUAGUUCGAGCUGACACCAAUUUGGGGAACAUACUCCUGAAUGUCCUGGUUCCACCCAACAUGCCCUGCUCCCGAACCGGCAAGAACAAUGUGCUCAUUGUCUGUGUUCCCAACCCGCCCAUCAGCGAGAAGAACGCUGCCAUCCCCGUGACGAUGCUCAUCAGGGUCAAGACCACAGAGGACGCCGACGAGCUGCACAAAAUCCUCCUCGAGAAGAAGGAGGCAUGAAGGAGCAGGCGGGGGCCGCGGGGGCCCUCUGAGACGCUGCUUGUUCUCCCUUCGACCUAUUCCUUUUAUUCUUAACUUUGUACUUGGACAUUCUCAGAACUUAGACAUAUUCUGAAAGGGUUUGUGGGGGAAAGGAAGAUGGCCAAUAAAGAGCUUUAACUGAAUGGG